CAGAGAUAGACAAGGAAGUGUAAUUUAUAAGAACAUUUUUUGUGUGUGAAUACACACACUGAUAAUAUGUACGGAUAAUGAAAUUGAUAGAAAGUUAAGAUGACCUGAUCCAUAACAUUCAAGCUGCGGUACAAACAUGGAAGUAUCUGGUCGUAGGACACAUGCGUGAGGACGGCAGCCAUCUACCAAAGAUGGGGAACUAUUUUGUCAGCCGUGUAGCAGUGACGGUGAUUGGAUGGUUGCCAUGGGAUACUGCCAGAACUGUAAUGAAUACUUCUGUUCUGCAUGCCUAAAAUUUCAUCGAAAACAAUCCAUGAGCCGAAAUCAUGUUGUCUUAGAAGGCAAAAGUAUGCCCAACUUUCUGGUACCAGGAGUAGACGUAGAACCAUGCUCCGAGUUAUGUUCAAUGCAUACCAACGAAAUAGUUAAAUUCUACUGCUCCUCUCACGAUAAAAUAGGAUGCGGUGAUUGUAUGGUCUUAAAACAUAAAGCUUGUAAAGUAGAACGAACCCAAGACAUCUCAUGUAGCUACUUUAACGGCCCGCAACACAAAAAGCUGGUUGAAACAGUUGGACAAUUUCUUCAAAAUCUGGAAGAUUUAGGGGCUUGCAUACAAUUGGCGGAAGAAGAUAUGAACGCAUCAUAUUCCAAGGCUAUGACUGACAUAAAUACAUUUAGGAAAGAAGUUAAUAUUUAUCUAGAUGAAGCUGAAGCCGAGAUUAUGGCUGAAGUGAACAACUGGAAAAAGAAAAAUGGAAAGACAUUUUCAGAGCUGAACAAUGAUAAAAUAUCAAUACAAAAUGAAAUCAAAGAAUUAGAAGAAAAACUAAAGCUCCAAUCCAAAAAGGCAAACGAACUUUUUAUGGCAGCUAAACAAAUGAAAGAGAGGAUGAUCACAAUUGAUACCAGCAUUAAGCAAAUGUUCCAAAAAGGCCAGACACAAUCAUUUAUGUUUGAACCGUCUUCUGAAAUAAAACAAAUUAUUUCUUCUAAGCUUCCGCUUGGGAAGCUGGCAGAAGAAAUCAUAAAGAGAAACACGCAAAAUAAACAUACGUUAGAUGAUAUGGAGCCGCAGUUUGAUGGAGAAAUCAAUAUCAAGACACCGGAAGAUAAAUCAGACUGUUCCAUGAUAGCAUCUGCUCUUAUUUCACCAAGUCAAAUUGUACUUGCAGACUAUAACAACAAAUGUUUGAAAAUGGUUGAUAUCGAACAGAGGAAACUAUCCACAAGACAUGAACUGUUUACUGAACCAGUUGAUGUGGCAGUUGUAUCCAGGAACCUUAUAGCAGUUACGCUUCCACAUGAACAGAAAAUACAGUUUCUGUCUAUCACACAGAAAAACACACUCACUGAAAGUCAUGACAUAAAUGUGAAUGGCACAGUUCGAAAAAUUGCUUGUCAAAAUGAUAAACUAAUCAUUGGGUAUACUGACAAAAUUGAAAUUCUGAAUAUGAAGGGUCAUGUUGUGAAAACAAUAUCUUCACCAUGUUUAUCAUGGAUAGCGGGUAUAGCAUUUUCUCAUGAUUCAUUGGCAUUAUUUGUCUCUGACGGUUCCAUAAAAAAAUCUUCAGUUUAUAAAUUUGACUUUGAUGGCAACAUACUAGCAACAUACAAUGAUAAGACACCGGUAAAGGUUGGAGGACUCACAGUGACACCAGAUGGUACAGUGCUUGUAUGUAACUGGACUAGAAAUGGUAGCAUUCACAUGAUUUCACCAGCAUGCAAGAAAAUCAAGGAAAUUCUACAGCAGAAUGAACAUGUUCAAAGCCCAUAUUCUGUUUCAUUCUGCUGUCAAACAAACAGACUAUUUCUGAGUAACUCUAAAGGUAGCAUUGCCCCGGAACUGAAAAAUGCUUUGAAAAUUUUUCAGAUGAUGUGAAUGUGCAACUGAUAAAAAGGGUCCUCAUUAUAUGUGAUGACAACCUCCCUGCUGUAUUCCGCAAUUAAGAUAACAAGUCAAAUCUGUGCUAAACUCACGUUUGAACUGAGACUAUCUGUCUCUAAAGACAAUAUAUUUCAUUUCUUGUAAUAUAUUUUAAUUUGUAAAUAAAAAUUAUCUCCAAAGAAAAAAAAACAAAUAAGAGUUUUGCUCCCCCAACAGUGGUCUUUAUAGGCAGUUUGGACUGUUUAAAUGGUAAUUUCACUGACUAUUUUGCCAGUAUUUUUAUUUUUAUUAUAUUCUGUGUAUAUUGGGCCGAAUUUGAAGUUUUGCUUCAAUUUAUACUACACUGUAUAGUCAUUGUAUUGUAUCAAUACAUCGUGUGUUUUCUAAAUUCCUGCUUUUAUUAUUAUUAUACAUUUUCCAGCGUAAAUAUAAUAUUAUUUCCUUACGGACAUUGUUUGACAGAGUGACUGCAUUUUGUUUAUGUUCUUAUCUGCUGUCUUAAACAAAACAUUGAAAGUAAAUCAUUUCUAGAUUUCUAGAUUAACAAGAAAGGAAUGUACAUUUUGCAUUUAACCUUCUUAUGGUUAAUAUAUGUACUAAUUUUGAAGUGAUAUAAAUAAUCAAGAUCUAUAUUGGGAAAGUAAGCUUAGAGAAAUGGGUACGGAUCUGAGAAAAAAUGCCUAAAGAAAAUUGGAAAUUAUCCUGAAAGAUUUAUGCUAGGACAAUAUAUAGAUCUUGUUACAAUCUGAAGCAAAUACAUUUAUUAUUUAUCAAUAUUAUUGGGAAUUUUACCUGAAAUUGUAAUUCGAAAGCGGAAAUACAUCAUAAAAGAUCAGGACCUUAUCAUAUAUGAUGUUCAUGAUAAUAAAGAACACCUUCUCUUAAACAAAGUCCCUCUGUCGGUGUCUAAAUGUAUUUCUUUUUUAAAAUUCGCGUCAUAACUAUAUUAAAUGCUAAGCGAAACGUUGAGCAAUAAUAUCAACAUAAAGCUACUUUUUGUGAUGUCACUAGAAGUGACUUCACCCCACAAAUAAAUGGGUUAUGAGAA